GGCACCAACAUUUGUGAAUGAGUUUUGUUUAUCUGAUUAAAAUAACUUCUCCCUUACUUCUGGAUCAGGGAAUGUCACUUGUGAGACCGGUUAAGCAGGUGUUCAGAGUUUUUAGCACAAUGAGUAAAACAAGAUUCGAGAUGUAUGUGAAGGCAGGAAGUGAUGGGAAGAAUAUUGGCGACUGUCCAUUCUCACAACGUGUCUACAUGUACUCACAGCUGAAGAUUCCAUCCGAACUGGUCACAGUUAUACCCGUUGACAUCACCAACAAAUCAGAAGAAUUUCUGAAAUUGAACCCAGAAGGAAAAGUUCCAGUACUUGUAGACCAUGAAAAGAAUAAAGUUAUUGCAGACUCUGGCACCAUCACUGGUUACAUACACGACAGCUUCCCAUCUCCAGAUCUGCAUCAGACUUAUAGUGGUCCUGCUGUAGAGGCCUCAGGUGGGGUGUUCGGGAAAUUGGCUGCUUUGUUGAAGAAUUCCGACCUAGCGUCUAUACCUAAACUGAAGGAAGACCUUGAGAGGGAGCUGAGAACAUUAGAUGAUUACUUGAACUGUGCCGAUUGUAAAGGAGGGUUCCUGGUGAGUGAUAGGAUCUGCGAACUAGACUGUGCAAUUCUCCCAAAGUUGCGGCAUGUGCAGGUAGCGGGGAUGUAUUUUCAGGGAUUUCAGAUCCCAGAGGACUGUGUUGCACUUCUUGACUAUAUCAGGAAGGGAGAAAGUACAGAUGUGUUCAAGCAAACCUGCCCCAAAGAUGAGGAAAUCAUUAAUGGCUGGUCAAGACAUAAUAUCAUGGUGGUCAAGCAGUAGAUGAGUAGGAUUACUGUUACCUGAGGGUGUCCGGGGUGUGAUAAUAGCCUGGUUAUAUUACUGUAAACUACAUAUAUAUCCAUGCUUAUAACAAUAUAGCAAACUGUUUAUUUGGUCCCAGCUGCUUUCUGUAUAUUUUAGGGUUAAUAUGAACUAAUAUUAGUGGUCCCCUUUAGUUUGUUAUAUAUACUGUCAUAAUCUCAUAUUAGACUAACAACUAGUCUCUGAAAUGAACAUAUUUUACAGAAAAAAAUAAUAUAUGAUGAAAAGGAGCCCUGAGACUUAUCUAGACUUGCCACAUUUUCUAGACUUGCGUGGGAUUUCUUGGAUAUAUUUACUUCAGGGUCUGUAUGACAGACUAACUCUCAUAUAUAUUUGACAAACAGGACUUUCAAGGGCCAACAUGCAAUACUUUCCUAUGGUAUAGAUCCUUGAUUUAAGUUCCAUUGUUACCAUAUUAGUGUUAGUUGAAGUCAGUGAUGUUGCCUAUUAUGGUCAAGAUUCAAGUUAAUGUUCUAGCUGACCAGUCAUUAAUGAGGCUUCUAAAUUCUUUAUUCGAUAUCAUGUGUUAUUACCAUACAGUGUAAAAUCCAAAUCACUCAGUCAAUCACAGGUGUGGUUGAGGGAGACCUUUGAAAAAGCCACUCUGAUAUUUGUAAUUUGAAACAAAUAUAACGAAGGAAUACCUGAAGAAAAAAAUAAAGCUAUUCUAUUAUAUCGUUGUAGAUAUGUUAUGAAUCCUGUCAUUUGUGAGCCCAGGGAAUCUACAUGAAAAAGAAUAAUAAACAUCAUUAAAGAUGUUCAGC